GCAAGCUUCCCAAUGUCGAUGACUUGGCGAUAUUCCAGAAAUGCAAAUCGCCACUAAUCUCUCCACCGAACUAUUCAAUUGUCUAGAAAUUUCGUAUUUAAUGUUUUAAGGUGUCGCCAUUUCAAAUUAUCCUAGACUGAGAAUACAGAGAAACAAAUUCGUGCAAUAUGGCUUCUCGCCGUUCCGUCGCACAGCUCUCGCGCAGAGCAGCUGGUACUGCUAGUUCGUUGAGCCUACGAUUAUCGAAUAGCGCGCUGCAAACGAGAUCAUUCGCAACGCCCGUGCCACCUGUUACACAAAAUGCGACUGGCUCAAAGGGCCCAACGGCCAUGGUAUUCUUGAAUAUGGGUGGUCCCUCGACUCUAAAUGAAGUUGGCGACUUUCUAAGCCGAUUGUUCGCAGAUGGUGACUUGAUACCAUUGGGAAGACUGCAAAACUACAUCGGUCCUCUCAUCUCGAAACGAAGAACACCGAAGAUCCAAAAACAAUACGCAGAGAUUGGAGGUGGUUCGCCCAUUCGAAAGUGGUCGGAAUAUCAAAACGAAGAAAUGUGCAAGAUUCUCGACCGGAUAUCGCCCCAGACAGCGCCGCACAAACCCUACGUCGCAUUUCGCUACGCAGAUCCUUUGACCGAGGAGAUGUACAAUCAAUUGCUGGCAGAUGGCUUCGGGAACGGUAAGGGAGGAAGAGCUGUGGCGUUUACACAGUAUCCCCAAUAUUCUUGCUCCACGACAGGAAGCAGUCUUAACGAGCUGUGGAAAUGGCGGCAACGGCUAGAAGGCAAAGCUGGACCUGGUACCAUUCAAUGGAGCGUCAUCGACAGGUGGCCGGUACAUCCGGGCCUGGUUGAAGCUUUCGCCCAUAAUAUUGAGAAAACGCUGGCGUCAUAUCCAGAAGACCGCCGAAGCCAAGUCGUCUUAUUAUUCUCCGCCCACAGUUUGCCAAUGACGGUAGUAAAUCGAGGUGAUCCGUAUCCUGCCGAAGUUGCUGCAACAGUGUAUGCUGUAAUGCAGCGCCUGAAGUUUUCUAACCCUUAUAGACUAUGCUGGCAGUCACAGGUUGGUCCUCAGCCAUGGCUAGGCCCUCAAACUCAAAUGUCGGUCGAGGAAUACGUCGCGAAGGGACAGAAAGAUCUCGUCCUUAUCCCUAUUGCAUUUACCUCAGAUCACAUCGAAACACUCUUCGAGCUCGACAAGGAGGUCAUCGGGGAGUCCGGCCACGCGGACACCGUUAAGCGGAUAGAAAGUCUCAAUGGCAGUCCCAUCUUCAUCGAUGCUCUCGCAGACCUCGCAAAGACUCACCUAGACAGUGGCAUCUCAUGCUCUUACCAGAUGGGUCUAAGGUGUCCUGGCUGUAAGAGUGAACGGUGCGCCGAGUCGAAGAAGUUUUUCGCUGCACAGGAGAACACUUCUACAGCGUCAGUAUAGAGCGCAUAUUUCUAGGAUUUCGCAGGUUCUAAAAAUACUGCUAUUUGGUAGUUGGGAGCAGUUCAAAACACUACUCCAGUAUUACUUGUCUCACUGUUUGCGUAUAUCUAUAUAUUUUACUCUACCAGCUCUACCAGCUCUACCAGCUCUACC